UAAUUUAUUAAAAAAAAUAGAUUUGAUAGAGAAAAUAUAGCUUUUGAUUGAGAUAUUCUUAUAUAGACAGUCAUCAUGUCAGCGUCAGCAGUGUAUAUAUGUGACGUAAAGGGCAAGGUGCUGAUUUCACGUAAUUAUCGUGGAGAUAUAGAUAUGUCUGUUAUUGAUAAGUUUAUGUCGCUUGUAAUGGAUAAAGAAGAGGAAGGGAAUGUAACACCAAUUAUUGAACAUAAUAAUGUCACUUUUAUAUAUAUCAAGUACAACAACUUAUAUUGUGUAGCUACAUCAAAGAAAAAUUCUAAUGUGGCUUUAGUUUUUUCCUUUCUUCAUAAAAUAGUUCAGAUAUUUAUAGAAUAUUUUAAAGAAAUGGAAGAAGAGAGUAUCAGAGAUAACUUUGUGUGUAUUUAUGAGUUGUUAGAUGAAGUGAUGGAUUUUGGUUUCCCUCAAACAACAGAUACUAAAAUUUUACAAGAAUUUAUCACCCAAGAAGGUCAUAAAUUAGAAGUAGCACCGCGCCCACCAAUGGCCGUAACUAAUGCUGUAUCUUGGAGAUCAGAAGGGGUCAAAUACCGUAAAAAUGAAGUAUUUUUAGAUGUUAUUGAAUCUGUUAAUUUAUUGGUUAGUGCUAAUGGAAAUGUAUUACGAAGUGAAAUUGUAGGGUCUAUCAAGAUGAGGGUAUUUCUGUCUGGUAUGCCUGAAUUAAGACUUGGUCUUAAUGAUAAGGUUCUAUUUGAAAGUACUGGAAGAGGAAAGAGUAAAUCAGUGGAAUUAGAAGAUGUUAAAUUUCAUCAAUGUGUAAGAUUAUCAAGAUUUGAAAAUGAUAGGACAAUAUCAUUUAUCCCCCCUGAUGGAGAGUUUGAAUUAAUGUCUUAUCGACUCAAUACACAUGUUAAACCAUUGAUAUGGGUAGAAUCAGUAAUAGAAAGACAUGCUCAUAGCCGUGUUGAAUAUAUGAUCAAGGCCAAAAGUCAGUUUAAAAGAAGAUCAACAGCUAAUAAUGUAGAGAUUAUUAUACCAGUACCAACUGAUGCCGACUCACCCAAAUUUAAAACAACUGUAGGUAACUGUAGAUAUACACCUGAAAUCAGUAGUGUCAUCUGGAGUAUUAAAUCUUUCCCUGGUGGCAAGGAAUAUUUAAUGAGAGCCCAUUUUGGUUUACCAAGUGUAGAAACUGAAGACUCAGAAGGCCGACCACCAAUUCAAGUUAAAUUUGAAAUUCCAUAUUUCACAGUUUCUGGAAUACAGGUACGAUAUUUAAAGAUAAUAGAAAAGAGUGGUUAUCAAGCAUUACCAUGGGUACGAUACAUCACACAGAAUGGAGAUUACCAAUUACGUACUAAUUAAAAUCAAAUUAUCUAGUGUAUAUAUUAUAUUGUAUAUAUCUAAUAUAUAUAUCUUAAACAGUUGGCAAUAUAGUCAUAUUUCAAACUCUUGAGUUCUUCUGUUUAAAAUAAAGGUAUGCAAAUAUUAUGUCAAAAACUCAUCACUGAUUUUGUGAAAACCCAACAUCAAAUUUCCUCAAAAGCAGAUUAUAUUAACUUUGUGACAAUGUUAUAACUACAAGUCAACUGCAUAGUCUGUGUUUUUACUUCUGGAAGUGCUAAAUCAUUCGCGAAAUUAUUGUAUCUGUUCUAUGGAUGAGCUAAUAUUAAUUAUUGUGAGAAAUAUAUAUUGUAUAUUUGGAUAUUUUGUAAAUAUAGAUAUUGUGACUCAUAAAUAUCUGGUGUAACAUGAAGAAAUAUUGUAUAUCAUUCCAUCAUCAAAUAAAUUACUUAAAAAUCACAA